AUGAGGCCUUUCCUCCCUCUGCUCUCGCUGAGCGCCGUUGCGCAGGCGCUCUACUUCUACAUCGACGGCACCUCGCCCAAGUGCUUCUUCGAGGAGCUCCCCAAGGACACCCUCGUCGUCGGCCACUACACUGCUGAGGAGUACGAUGAGCGGACCAACCAGUGGGCCAAGCACGAUGGUCUCAGCAUCUACAUCUCUGUCGACGAAACCUUCCACAACGACCACCGCGUAGUCUCCCAGCGUGGCCAGGCAUCGGGCCGCUUCACCUUCACGGCUGCCGACGCCGGCGACCACUCGCUCUGCUUCACCCCGUCUUCCACCUCUGGCCGUGCCGGCUGGCUCUCGCUUCACGCUCACAACGGCGGCAUCCGCCUUACACUUGACCUUGCCAUCGGCGAGAGCAGCGAGAUCGAAAGCUCCGACAAGAACAAGCUCGAGGACAUUGCGUCUCGCGUCAAGGACCUGAACGCUCGCCUGCAGGAUAUUCGCAGGGAGCAGGUCUUCCAGCGUGAACGUGAGGCCGAGUUCAGAGACCAGUCCGAAUCCACCAACGCCCGUGUCAUCAGAUGGAUGCUUAUCCAGCUCACUGUUCUUGCUGUCACCUGCACUUGGCAAUUGUCUCAUCUGCGGUCCUUCUUCAUCAAGCAGAAGCUCACGUAA